AUGGAUAACUGUUCAUCUUUGUCCACCUUCCUGACCGACAGCUUGGAGUUAGAACUGGGGACCGAAUGGUGCAAACCCCCUAGCUUUUCUUGCGCUUUUGAUGAUAGAGGAAGUGGAAAAAGGUUUUCUGGAGACUCUUACCUUUCCAGUGGAUCUCUUAAGCGGCUAAUUUUGAAUCUUGAUCCAUUACCAACCAAUUUUGAAGAGGAUACAGUGGAAAUAUUUGGCUUUCAAUGGGUUACUGAAACUGCUUUAGUUAAUUCAUCUAGAGAGCUUUUUCAUUUAUUCAGGCAACAACUAUACAACUUGGAAACAUUAUUACAAGCCAGCUGUGAUUUUGGACAGGUAUCAGCCCUCCACUGUAAAGCAGACAAUAUUAGACAACAGUGCAUACUGUUUCUUCAUUAUGUUAAAGUUUUCAUCUUCAGGUACCUAAAAGUGCAGACCAUUGAGCGUGACGUUCCUGUCCAUUCCUAUGAGGCUUUGGAGGCCCAGCUUCCCUCAGUCCUGGUUGAUCAGUGUCAUGGAUUGCUCUUGUAUAUUGGACAUCUAUCUGAACUUCCCAGUAUUAAUAUAGGAGCAUUUGCAAAUCAAAAUCACAUUAAGCUCUUUCCACCAUCAUGGCAUUUAUUACAUCUCCAUCUAGAUAUCCAUUGGCUGGUGCUAGAAAUUCUUCAUAUCCUUGGUGAAAAUUUGAAGCAUGUUGCUUAUGGUCAUCAGUUUAUGAAUGUGGCAGAUGACAGUUUAACUAAUAUCAGUCUGUGUGGAGAACACUGUGAAAAUCUCCUUUGUGAUUUAAUAAGCCUGUCACUCAACAGGUAUGACAAGGUUAGACCUUCAGAGGUGUUAACAACUCACCAUUGCUCAUGUUCAUGCAUUAAAGAAUUAUGGGUUCUACUCAUUCAUCUUCUGAACCAUAGAAAUAAAUGGUCUCUCUCAGAAUCAUUUUGGAACUGGAUGAAUAAACUACUGAAAACACUCUUUGAAAAAUCAAGUGACAGAAAACAACCUGGGCCUGUAGUUAAUUCCAGAGAUCCAUUAGGUUUUAGUUGGUGGAUUAUUACUCACGUAGCAUCGUUGUACCAGUUUGAUCGCCAUGGACUUCUAGAUGAAAUGAGAGAAAUGGAAUCAAACUGGAACUUUGUUGAAGAACUGCUGAAAAAGUCCAUCAGUGUCCAGAAUGGUGUACUAGAAGAACAAUUACGAAUGCAUCUUCUUUGUUGUUUGACACUUUGUGAUUUAUGGGAGCCAAAUAUUGCAAUUGUCAACAUUCUAUGGGAGUAUUAUAGUAAAAAUAUGAAUAGUUCUUUCAGUAUUUCCUGGCUUCCUUUGAAAGGCCUUGCCAAUAUCAUUAAGUCACCAUUGUCUAUGAUAGAAAUGGUGAAGAUCUGCUGCUGUGAUAAACAGGACCACAACCUUUAUAAAUCCAGCAGUAGUUAUACCAUUUUCCUUUGCAUUUUGGCAAAAGUUCUUAAGAAAGCCAUGAAGAACCAUGGCCCUCAUCCUUGGAAACAAGUCAAAGGAAGAAUAUAUUCUAAAUUCCAUCAAAAAAGAAUGGAAGAAUUAACGGAAGUUGGUCUGCAGAACUUUUUCAGCCUCUUUUUACUGCUAGCAGCUGUUGCAGAGGUAGAAGAUGUAGCAAGUCAUGUUUUAGACCUCCUAAACUUCCUCAAGUCUGCCUCUAUGACGUUGUCUCAAAGGUCCCUCAUCUGGAAGGGCCAGAUGGCCUUCCUCCUGAUGUACGUCCAGAAAAACCUGGACAUUAGUGUUUUGGCUGAGAAAUUUUCAGGUGCUUUCCGGGAGAAAGCAAAGGAAUUCUUAGUAUCUAAGAAUGAAGAGAUAGGGCAGAAACAGACUCUCUGGACACUUCUUGUGAUCUACAUUGAUGGUGUCCAGGAAGUGUUUGAGACCAGCCAUUGUUUGCAUCCUUCCCAUGAAAAACUGCUUAAUGAUGGAUUCACUAUGCUUUUGCCAGCUUGUCGAGAAUCUGAACUUAGGAUACUUCUGAAUUUUCUACAAGCUGUUCUGGCCAGAGUCAGACGUAUGCACCAACAACUGUGUCAGGAACUUCAAACGGAGAACGGAGACCUAAUUGUACAAUCUUCAUUAUCAGCUAAAGAGCGCCACCUUGCUGCAGUUGCCAAUUCUCUGUGGAAACAUUUCUUUUCAUUUUUGAAGUGUCAGAGAAUGUCACAGAUAGUGCCUCUCUCACAACUUGCAGAUACAGCUGCAGACUUUACUUUGUUAGCAAUGGAUCUGCCCAGCACAGCGCCUUCAGAUCUUCAACCUCAGCCAGUUAUAUCAAUAAUUAGACUUUUUGGUUGGGAUGAUAUCAUCAGGCCCCAAGUUGUAGCAAGAUAUUUAAGUCAUGUCCUACAAAAUAGCACGUUAUGUGAAGCACUUUCUCAUUCAGACUGUGUGGCUUUUCAAGCUCUGACUGUAAGAUCAUGGAUCCGUUGUGUUUUGCAAAUGUAUAUAAAAAACUUCUCUGUUCCUGAUGAUGUGUUCAUUGAUAUGAAUCCUGAACAGGCAGUUGAGAAAGACUACAUGGAGCAGUUGGCUGAAUUGACAAGGUUGCUGUUUAAACUGCCAGAAGUAAGGAGUAUUUUCUCGAAGGCAAAAGUUGAAUAUUUAACCAUCUCAGAAGAUCCUAAAAAAGCACUUGUUCAAUUCCUUGAGGCUGUUGGUAUAACUUACAAGAAUCUGGAAACACUUUCUGAUAAAUCUGCCAUGGUCACAAAAUCCUUAGAAUACCUUGGUGAAGUAUUAAAAUAUGUUAAACCUUAUUUGGGGAAAAAAAAUUCCACUGCAGGGCUGCAGCUGACGUAUGGAAUAAUGGGAAUUCUCGUUAAAUCAUGGGCACAGAUCUUUGCUACCUCCAAAGCCCAAAAAUUACUAUUCCGGAUCAUAGAUUGUUUGCUGCUACCACAUACGGUGUUACAGCAAGAGAAGGAGCUACCUGCAGCUAUGCUGACUGCAGUUCAGAAGAGUCUUCCUUUGUAUCUUCAGGGCAUGUGUAUCAUAUGUUGUCAGUCUCAAAAUCCAAAUACCUAUUUGAAUCAAUUGCUUAGCAGUGUUACUGAGCAGUAUAUUGGACGUUUUCUUCCAGCUUCACCACAUGGUUCAAGUGUUGAACAACAUCCUGUUUUGUUGGCUUUGAGAAAGUCAGCUACUGUUCCGCCAAUGUCAUUUCUGAAGAAAUGCAUUGUGCAAGUCAUAAGGAAGUCCUAUAUCCAUUUUAAAGGGUCUGCACCACCUCCUCGCUUAGCAUCCAUUUUGGCCUUUAUCCUCCAGCUCUCCAAGGAAACAAACACAAACAUUUGUGAUGUGGAACUACUCCUCCCUGAUGUCUUAAAAUGCUUGGUGUUGGUCAAUGAACCCCAAGUUAAAAGGCUGGCCACAGAGAACCUGCAAAACAUGGUAAAAACCUGCCAAGUGGGGUCAGAAGGAGAACCUGCCGCCCAGCUGAUUUCUGUGUUUAGGCAGUUUAUCCAGGAUUACAGCAUGAGAUACCAUUAUCAGGUUUACAGCAUCUUGGAAACAGUAGCAACAUUGGACCAGCAGGUGGUUACCCACUUGAUUUCUACACUUACUCAAGCUCUGAAGGAUUCUGAAGUGAAAUGUGGCCUUGGUAGAAAUAUUGCACAAAGGGAAACCUAUAGCAAACUUUUAUUUCACCUUGGACAAGAGGGACAAGAUGAGAUUCAGAGGCUGGAAAAUGAAACUACCUAA